CAAGCAGCCACAUGCUCCUGUAGCGGAGAGUUGUGUUUCGCGCGGGUUGAUCUAUGCUACUAAAUCGGUGGCUUGGCUACCUACUUAGUGUGUGACUGAUAUGCGGAUUGGUGACAUUGGCGAUGGGGUUAAUUAGUAGCCCAAGGCUGGGUCACCGAACACCUGGAGGGAAUGCCUAUAUCUACAAGAUUGCAACCGACGAAUCGCUCAUCGAUGUUGCAGCCACUCUGAAAACGUACAGUCCAUUCCCUCAGGAGCUGGAGUUUGAAGCCAUCCAAAAGAUUCCCUGGGCGCAGGUUCAAGGCUGGCACAACUUCGUGUCAGAUGGGCAUGGCGGAGCGUACGAGCAAGCGUAUCAAUACAGCCGGAAUUUAGCCAGUCCAUGUAACUUACGGAACGCAGCUGGUGGACAGCCCUACGGCGGUGCCCAAUUUCCUCUCGCUGGCUUCCCUAGUAACCAUCCAGCUUGGAGCCAAUUGCCUUGGGCUCGCUAUGCCAUGUGCAAACCUAGAGCUCCCAGCAAUCGUGCCGAGGAUAUCUUUGCUAACCAGCAAUCACCUUCCGGUCUCGCGGGCAAUAUUGAUGACGGCAUCGACAUGGUGACCGCAGCUCCUCUUGAGGCCCGCGGCAGGUCCCGUGGCUCUCGUACGUCCAGGACGAGGCCAUCGACUGCUGGUAGGCGAAAGAAGCCAGUCGAGAAACCUGCCAAGAAAGCUACUAAAAGGCCUACUACUGGUACAAAGAAGUGCACUGCAACGAUGAAGAGAGCUGGUAAAUGCCGGCAAGUGCUCUGCCAAGUCAACAUGUACAGGCGCAGAGAAGAAGAAGAAUGGUGGCACAUGUCCGGCAAAGAAGGGUGA